CCCUGAUCAUGAAGUCAUCCGAUAUCUCUGCAGGUCUACACACUGUCAUCGUGUCGGCAGCUCAGCAAGCGCCUGCUCUGUUUCAGGUCCUCGACGAGAUGUAGAGUAUUGUGGUGGUGUGACUUGACGCGCUGUUCCAAUCCUGACAUGCUCCUUCCAUCCAGCCGGGAACCCCAAUCAACUGCGGGUUAGUGGACUCUUUGACCCGUACGCUGUUCGAUGUCGAGAUCGCCCCAUUCGCACUUCCCCGCAAUACGUCAUGAUCCGAGGUUGUACAGCUGGACCUCAAUUUGUCAGGUAUGUAGUGUCUGUAGAACUUUAACAUGGAUACAGAGUGAUACCAGCAUCUUUCCUCAAUCUUUCACACCUUUUCGCAUACACGUCGUCAAUUAUGUCCAACCAACAGCUGGUCGAGAGCAAAGGCAUCUUCCAUGGCCUACCCGUGUAUCCAUCCUCGCUGAAGGGGCUCACAGCCAUCAUAACUGGAGCAAAUGGUAUUUCUGGAAACUAUAUGCUGCGUGUAUUGGCGCAGGACCCAGAGAGAUGGAGUAAGAUCUACUGCUUGUCACGGCGGCCACCUACGAUCGCGGAUGGGCUGCCGAAGAAUGCCGAGCAUAUCCCACUAGACUUUCUACAAGAGCCUGAAGAGAUCGCAAAGGUAUUGAAGGACAAGGGCGUUAAGGCUGACUACGUCUUUUUCUACUCGUAUGUGCAAGUCAAGCCGAAAGAGGGCGGCGGCUUGUGGAGCGACGCAGAGGAGAUGUGUAAGGUGAACACUGCUCUACUCAAGAACUUCUGCGAAGCUCUUCCGAUUGCCAAUAUCAAGCCGAAGCGCAUCAUGCUCCAGACCGGCGCGAAGAACUAUGGUGUACAUCUUGGCCCCGCAGCGACCCCUCAAGAAGAAACGGCACCACGUGUCACUUUAGAACCCAACUUCUACUACCCACAGGAAGACUUUCUCUGGGAUUUCUGCAAGAAUCAGGGCAUUGACUGGAACAUAUGCAUGCCAUCAGGGAUUCUGGGCGCUGUCCCGGAUGCAGCCAUGAACAUUGUGUUUCCACUAGGAAUAUACGCAAGUGUGAAGAAACACCUAGGCGAGAAACUCGAGUUUCCGACUGAUCUGCAUGCAUGGGAAGCAACAGCAUGCAUGUCCAGUAGCAAGAUGAAUGCUUACAUGGAGCAAUGGGCCGUGCUGAACGAUGGGGCAAAGAACGAAAAGUUCAACACAAUGGAUGGCACAACCUUUACAUGGGGCAAUUUCUGGCCAAAGUACGCAGGGUGGUAUGGUAUCGAAUAUGAGUAUCCCAGCCUAGACGACAGCGCGUAUACCGUCAUCACUUCACCAUACGACCCGCCUCCACGAGGUUUUGGGCCACCAGCAACAUUCCGGAUUCGCUUUACGCUGACUGAUUGGGCAAAACAAGAGAAAGUGCAGAAGGCAUGGGAGGAGAUAAUCUCUAAGCAUGGUCUCAAGGUGGAUAAGCUGCAAGACAUGGACAUUGAUCGUAUUUUCGGCUUUACCGACGGAAUGAUGAGCUUUUCCUUGGAUCUCACCAUGAACAAGGCGCGCAAAAUGGGGUGGCAUGGAUUUGUCGACUCAAACGAUGCCAUCAAGGAGGUACUUGGAGAGUUUGCAGAUCUCAAGAUGAUUCCUCCUGUGGGUAAGUAGUCUGCAAAAUACAGCCUGGCUAUAGAAUCUACCAAUCUGCGCCUACUUCAUCGCUUUGAGCUGUUUCUGUUUUCCUUGUUUUCCCAUCGCGAACGCUCAUAAUCAUUCUCUCGGAUAAUAGCG